AUGUUGCAAGUCGUGGCCUUUUCUGCGGCAGUAGUGGUUCUGCACGCCAGAACAGAGUGUUUGAUCCACCUUGCAGGAAUUCUGAUUACCAUGUGGAUCGGCGAAGCAGGACUGUCUGUGAAAUACCUCCUGCAGUGCUACGGUCUGAAGGACUAUGGCUUGGUAGUGAUCAUCUCUUUGGGUGGCCUACACGGCGUGGGCUUCGGUAUCCAAAAAGCAUUUGGUCAUAACUGUCUGACAGAUGUGGAAUCCGUAUUGGAAAUGGACCUCGGCUCUGGGACUUUAUAUCGGAUGUGUGUCGCCGAUCUCCUGCUAUCUAUCUUGAUCAUCUUAGCAGCUGCAGCCUAUGAGCUCGAGACAGAUUUGGAGAUGGAAUUUUCAGAGGUGCCGCGGGUGCUGGCAAGCUUGCUUUGCUGGGCAUUCCUAUGCAUAGGCAUCGCCUUUGCCUGCAAGGGCUAUGUUGCCUUCGGUCGAGUUGUAAGGAUGGUAGAGGAGACCACAGCACGAUUGGAGCGAGAAAAGUCGCGCAGCCAUCUUUGGCACCAGAGCGGCGAUGAGGACGUUCAGGGGAUGUUUGGCAGGCUGCGCUACCUCAGACGCACUGUCUCGUCCCUGUGUCUCAUUCGCCUGGUGGUUUUUGGGCACGUCAUGCUCUUCAAUGGCUUUCUGUGGCCACUUCCUGAUGACCUGCGGGCAUGGGUCCCGGAUGAUAUGGGGCUUGCUUCACAACUGCUCACUGACUCGGAGUGCCUUGCGCACUUGUACUACCUGUGCGUAUUGGGGGUGGUUUGGUAUGGGUACGGAGGUCUGACAUCACUUGUGGGCAUACAUGCGCGCUUCCAGGAUGAAGAACUUCGUUUGCUGAAGCGCGCCCUUCAGCAGACCACCUACGCUCAAGCCAGCGAUGCCAGGUGGCAGGCCACGGUGGAGGAUCUCGCGUGCCGAGCGAUUACUGUCGAUGCGCUGCUAGACUUCUAUGCUGGCCUGGGUCGCGAAUAUAUGCCUGGCUUCAACCCUGAGAAGCACACCACCCAUGAUGUGGUGCGGCAGGCGAUCAUCCCGCUCAGCGCAGAGGCGAGUUCCAACUUGGCGCGGCUCUUGAUGAAAGGUCAGCGCCUCUUGCCCAAUGUCAUGGUCUCCCAUACUUGGCGGGGCCGCUUUCGAGACCUUGUGGCCGCGGUGGUGGCCGACAGUCUCGAUGAGCAAGAGUACGGACGCAUCGGCAACCUGCUGGACAGCGACAUUGAUCUAAUAAAGCGUUGGAUCUCUUCCAGCCACAGACUGAACAGAACCUACUGGAUUUGCGCUUUCAGUGUGAACCAGCAUGCCAGCAUUUGUGCACCGACCGAGCUGCAACGGGAUUCCGUCACAGGAAGGCAGAUUCCGAGAUGCGCCUGCGGCUGUCCCAAGUUUCUGAACACGGAUGAGCCCUGUCGCGCGGACGGCGCCAGCAUUCAUUGUGAGAUGAACAAGUUCGGUGACAUGAUGGCGUGGCUCGCAGCCAAGGACAGCUCCUUCACGCACGUCCUGGCCAUGGAUGGUGAUUUAGACCUGUUGUCCCGAGCAUGGUGCGUUGCAGAGGCCGCCGAGUCGUAUAUCAUGGGCAUGUCCCAGCACAUGAAGGUUUUCAGCCUCAGGCACAUACGACGGAAAUGGGCCAAGGUGAAGGAUCUGCGGGUCGAGCACAUGGAGGCCACCAGGCCCGAGGAUGUGACUGAGAUCCUGCAGCGCAUACCAAACAAGGCGGAGUUCAACACGCAGCUGCAGAAGCUUUUCGAUCGGCUCUUCGGACAGUUCUGGCACUUGCCGCCCUCUGAGCGAGUUCGCAUGAUGAGUAGGGAGCUGCGUUGGAGGAUUAAUGUGAUGCAGGCCAUGAAGGAGGAAGCUGCUAGCCAUCCAGCUACGGAGAAGAACCUUCAGGCCCUCUGA